AUGACAUUGUUUCUGAUCAUGGCAAGUGAUGUCCUGGAUAGGGGGAAAGACCGCAUUGGGGUGGUGGGCCGCAUUAGUAUUCUAGGAAAUGGUUUUAUCUCCAUCAAAAACUGUUGUGGGUGUGGGAAGCCAGUACAGAGUCAAGUACAGCUGAAAGGCCGUGACCUCCUCACCCUGAAGAACUUCACAGGAGAGGAGAUUCAGUACAUGCUAUGGCUCUCUGCAGAUCUGAAGUUCAGGAUCAAGCAGAAAGGAGAAUAUUUACCUUUAUUGCAAGGGAAGUCCUUAGGAAUGAUUUUUGAGAAAAGAAGUACUCGAACAAGACUGUCCACAGAAACAGGCUUUGCUCUUCUGGGAGGACACCCUUCUUUUCUUACCACACAAGACAUUCACUUGGGUGUGAAUGAAAGUCUCACGGACACCGCUCGUGUCUUAUCUAGCAUGACAGAUGCAGUGUUAGCUCGAGUGUAUAAACAAUCAGAUCUGGACAUCCUGGCUAAAGAAGCAUCCAUCCCAAUUGUCAAUGGACUAUCAGACUUGUAUCAUCCUAUCCAGAUCCUGGCUGAUUACCUUACACUCCAGGAACACUAUGGCUCUCUCAAAGGUCUUACCCUCAGCUGGAUAGGGGAUGGGAACAAUAUCCUCCACUCCAUCAUGAUGAGUGCUGCAAAAUUCGGGAUGCACCUUCAAGCAGCUACUCCAAAGGGUUAUGAACCGGAUCCUAAUAUAGUCAAGCUAGCAGAGCAGUAUGCCAAGGAGAAUGGUACCAAGUUGUCAAUGACAAAUGAUCCAUUGGAAGCAGCACGUGGAGGCAAUGUAUUAAUUACAGAUACUUGGAUAAGCAUGGGACAAGAGGAUGAGAAGAAAAAGCGUCUUCAAGCUUUCCAAGGUUACCAGGUUACAAUGAAGACUGCCAAAGUGGCUGCGUCUGACUGGACAUUUUUACACUGCUUGCCUAGAAAGCCAGAAGAAGUGGAUGACGAAGUGUUUUAUUCUCCAAGGUCAUUAGUGUUCCCAGAAGCAGAAAAUAGAAAGUGGACAAUCAUGGCUGUCAUGGUAUCCCUGCUGACAGACUACUCACCUGUGCUCCAGAAGCCAAAGUUUUGAUGCCUGUCAAGAGGACAAAAACAAAGAACAAAAAAACAAAAAAACCCUGCUUUUAGCAACAGAAUAAGUCAGUUUAUGUGAAAAAGAGAAAAAUUUAAAAUUGUAAACACAUCUCUAGUGCAUGGUAUGAUUAUGUAAUUGCUUUGCUAUUGUGAGAAUUUCUUUUAAUUUAAGUGCCUGGCAUUUUAUUAUCCUGCUUGACUUGAUUUGAACACUCUCUUCAAUUCACAACUUCUGAAUGACAUUUGAGUAUCAUAUUAAUUAUCAUACACAUUUCCUUCCACUAAACAUUAAACACUAUGCUUACAAUGCAUAAUGUCUAAGUCAU